AUGACCAACAAUCUCCUGACCUUGUUCUGUCUUGUUGAUGGAGACCACGCAAUCAAGACCAAGAUUCCUGACACGUUCAAGGGAGUUGAUGCCAAGGACCUCGGGCUCUGGCGCGUCUCCAUCCCUCUCGUUCCAAAGAAGGAUCGCAAAGACAUUUCGCUAAGCGAAGUUCCCUUGAAGGAAGAGCUCGAUGAAACAGACGAUCUCUCUGACGUGUUUCCGGACAAGCUGCCCAAGAAAACGAUCCACGUCAUCAUCCAGCGACCUCCUUCAGAAAAGAGAGGAGCCCUCAACUCCUUGAGUGACCUCAAGAUUGUGAGAGGGACGCUUUACUACUACGCCAAACGGGAUCCCAAGCCCCCUUCAGACCUCGUGUCGGAGUUUGACUUCGUGCAGUGUGUGCCUAGCGCUAUACGUGGUGAAGAUCAAGAUGAGGGUCCGGGUUCCCGCAAUAUCAACGUCCACGGUUCGGAGGACAGGACUUUUAUACCGGAAACAACACUCCAGGAUUUGUUUUCGUAUGACUUUGGAUCAACACGAAUCUUGCCUCCUCAUGCAACCACUAUCAGAAACAUGGGACUUCCACGCGGCAGCCCUGAUCUGGUGUGUCGGAAGGCAGGACGCAAUGCCAACGUUGCAGGGGCAGUUCUCUUCCCCAUCAAGAUCAAAAGACCAGUCCUUUUGCAGUCGCCAAAUUUGGCGGAAGACUACAGGGAGCAGGAGCGGUCUGGCGUAGCAAGAGGUCCAGCGCGCGCCGUCAAACAAGCUUUUGGCUACAUGCGCCUUAAUGGCUAUUCAUACGGCGUACUAUCGACCUAUGAGCAGACAUGGUUUCUGCUGCGGGAAGGGAUGAACCUCAUGGUUUCACCUACCAUCGCCUUCAACCAGACGGAGCCCUCUUUCCUACAGUGUUACAUGUGGUUUAUAAGGCAGGCGAAUGUUGACCAACGGCCCUUGGACCCUUCGAGUGAUCAGGAGGUGGAAAACAUUCUCGAGGAUGAACGUCAGCACCGCGAGCGAGGACAAAAGGACAGUCCGUACAGAUCAAAGAUGAGGCGACUCAAGGACAACAUAUCAUUGCUGAGGAUUGCUGGAAUAGCGGAUGGCAUGGAGAUGCUGUUGGUGACUGACUUUGCGGGGACCAACAUCUGCCAGGAACGUUUAGAGGAAUCUGACCAGGUGAAGAUACGGGCAGCACUGUCUGCUAUCCAUGAUCUGGGAGUUGUUCAUGGCGACAUCUUGCCACAGAACAUUGUGGUGCAACGCAAUGGUUCCAACACUCGGUUCUGCUUCGUGGACUCUGGAUGA